UUUAAUUUCUCAUAUUAUAAACCAUGGACCUAGUAUCAUUUGAGAAUAAUCAGAAGGAAAAGAUGGAAGACCAAAUCCCACUUCUAACCCCAUACAAAAUGGCCCAUUUCCAACUUGCUCACAGGAUCGUAUUAGCACCAUUAACAAGGUCUAGAUCUUACAAUAGCAUUCCUCAAUCGCAUGCUAUCUUAUAUUACUCUCAAAGAACCACUAAAGGGGGAUUUCUGAUUGCAGAAGCCACCAUCAUUUCAUCUGCUGCUCAAGGGUUUAAGAAUGUACCUGGUAUAUGGUCAAAAGAACACAUCGAUGCCUGGAAACCCAUCGUAGAUGCUGUUCAUGCUAAAGGCGGCAUCUUCUUUUGUCAACUUUGGCACCCUGGAAGGGUUUCCGAUCAAAGUUUUGAGCCAAAUGCUGGAUUAUCACCCGUUUCUUCUACAGACAAAAAAUGUAGUCCUUUAAUCGAAAGCAAUGGCCAAGUUUUGGCUGAAUUUCUACCUCCUCGAAGAUUAAACACCAACGAAAUUAGUAUAAUUGCUAAUGAUUUCAGAAUUGCAGCACGAAAUGCUAUUGAAGCGGGAUUUGAUGGUGUUGAAAUCCAUGGGGCUCAUGGUUAUCUAAUCGAUCAGUUCUUGAAAGAUGAAAUCAAUGAUCGGACUGACGAGUAUGGUGGUUCAAUAGAGAAUCGUUGCAGAUUUGCGUUAGAAGUAGUGGAAAACAUCGUAAACGAAAUUGGGGCAAAUAGAGUUGGAAUCAGGCUUUCACCCUUCUCGAAUUACAUGGAUUCAGGAGAUUCAAACCCAGAAGCUCUAGGUCUUUACAUGGCUGAAUCGCUAAACAAAUACGGGAUUCUCUAUUGCCACAUGGUGGAACCAAGAAUGGAAGCUAUGGAAGAACGAAGCGAUUGCACAGUAAGUUUGGAACCCAUGAGAGAGGCAUUUAAUGAUGCUUUCAUUGCUGCUGGUGGAUACGAGAAGGAAGAUGGUAAUGAUGCUAUAGCUCAGAAUCGUGCAGAUCUUGUUGCUUAUGGUCGAUUGUUCUUGGCAAACCCUGAUUUACCUAAAAGAUUUGAGCUUGAUGCUCCACUUAACAAGCAUAAUAGAGAUACAUUUUACACAGAGGAUCCGAUCGUUGGGUAUACGGAUUAUCCGUUUCUUGAAUUGUUUGAGUUUUUGAGAUGUGAAAAGAAAUUACAAAAGCUUUGUUGUAAAUUGAUCAUCUGGAUUUACUUGUAUUUGAUCUACUAG